CGUAAGCUUGAAAAGUCAAUAGGGCACAGAUGUUUUGGACCCUUUCUUGUUAUCGAUUUAACGCUGUCAUGCACAUUCCUGUUUAAUUUUGUUAAUAGUUUCUUUUUUAAAGACACACACAUGAGAACUAGAUGCAAAUGUUAAUACUCCUGUUACCACCCGCGCGAGAUUUGUUUACUCUCGAGACAUGAUGGGCGUGCCACCUUCGCCUAUUUGAUUAGAAAUGGUCCUGUAAUAUGAACAAGAGUGCUGUCUGGAGUUCACAGGCGAAUGGCGGAAAUCACAUAGACGCCACUACAUGGCGACUGGUGGUGACGGUGGCGGUGCUGGCGACGCUGAUGGCCGUGGUCCUGGUGGGCGCGGCGCGUGGGCGUGCCUGGCGGCGUGCGGCACAGCGGCGGCCGGGGCAGGCGGCGCUGGUGCGAGUGGCGGGGCCGGCAGCGCCGCCGCGACGACGGCUUCCCGCCGGACCACCGCGAGAUGAUCGAGCUCGGGCGCCUCCCGGGCAGCCAGACCCUGAGGGAGUGCGGCCGCGCCCCCGCCGCCCGCGACCAGUCAGGCAUCUCCAGGGGCCUCGGCCUCGGCGUGUCGUACCCGCCGGACCAGAUCCCCGCCCUCCCGGCGCCGCGCAGCUGGACGCCGAGCCCGCCCUUCAACCCCAAUGAGAUCCAGAUCCAGCCCCUGACGCAGACGCCCGCGCAGCACGCCUCGCCCUCGUGCCGCCAGCCACUGCACGCCUGCGUUCAGUCGCGCAGCACUCCCACGUGUCUGCCCUCCCGCCACGCGCCGACGUGCUUGCUGCCUCGCAGCACGCCCGUUGGCACGAACACGCAGCCACCGCUGACCUGCACCCAGCCCGGCUCGGCCGGUACCAGCCACGCCUGCACCCAGCCCAGCCGCGCAAAGCACGCGCCUCCGCCUGCAGGUGGUGCGGGGCCCGCCCAGGUGAUCGCCAGGGCCCGGCUGAGGAAGUACUGGGGCCGCCCAUGCACAUCGCCCUACAACCCGCGUCACAACACACCCAACACCGACCACUCGUCGCUCCCCGACAUCACCAGCAGUUCCUCCUCCAGCAUUCCGUCCGAGUCCGCCAACAUGGCCUACCCGCCCCCCUGCUCCUACUCCUCCAGCGAAUUCAGCUUUGAAGUGAUUGAAGCAAACCCCAGGAAGGUCCUGGCGCAGCCCCGGCGCCCCGCGAAGGCCCAGGCGGCCCAAGCCCCGCGCAGGAGGACGAGGAAGCACAGGCCGAACCUGGCGGCCUCGGAGGCGAGCAGCGCCAGCAGCGGACACCAACGCCUGAGGGUCCCUGGGCCGCCCCCGCGCCAGCCCUCGGCGGAGAAGAGCCCGAGCCUCCUGCGGGGGGCGGCCACGGGGGAACUCGCGUGCGCCUGCUCCAGCCACCCCUGUCUGCUGCCCAGAUCUGACAACGACCUCCCGUUCCUGUCGUCGCGCUCGGCCCACCUUCGGGACCUGUCCCUAGAGCCCUUGCAGAGCUCAGGGGCAGCCAGGUUCUCGGACGCGAGGAAGCCCGCGCUGCGCCACUACAACACCCCGGUGGCGCGCCCAAAGAGCUUGCCCAGGAGAGCGGGGCCCGGUGCCGCAGGGCUGAGCGUGCCCAGGCGCAGCAGAGGCAGGCCAAUCACCAGUAGCAGGUCCUCGUGGAGGAGAUACCCUACUUGUGACUACCUUGGGACGUACCUGCCGUCGUCAAUGCCCCACCUGUACCCUCCCGCACAAAGUGACGACUUGGAGAGGGAGCUGGAGAGAAGGCUGGCCCUCAAGUAUGGAUUCUGCGUCACAUGCGGGAUCUACACGGAGCACCAACAGAGGUUCGGGCGAGCCCUGGCACGCGCUGCCGCCCUGGACCGCAGCGGGCGCCGGCGGAAGCGAAGCCGCCACACGCAGACGCACUGGACAGACUGGAACCGCAACGAGUCCCAGGCCGACGUGACGCAGGACCUGGCGCCGUCGUCCAUGCCUUCCCUGUCGUGGGACAACCUAACGCCGGACCCCUCGCCCGCCCUCCUCACAGACACCCUCGGGGAUACCGCCGCCGCCACUGCCGCCGAGGCUGCUGCCACGCUCUUUGAGGCGGGCGUUGACGAAGCCGCAUCCUCGUGCUGGACGCCGCCGGAGGCAAGACAAGCCGGAGCUGCUGAGGCAGCAUCGCGUCCCUUGGCGAAUCACAGAACAAGGGAACGACGGAGGUCCCGGCCGGAGGACGGCUUGGGACCAGUUGAUGAUUCCGACGAGUGUCUUCUUAGCCACCAGGAGUGACUGUUGAAUGCCUUCUUGUUUGACAAAACAUGUGCCUUACUAUGCUUUAUCAUAUUAUAAGUUAUACUUGCAGAAGCUCACGCGUGUGAUACUGAAAGCUGCGGUAUGGGGUCCAUGUUUGUGGACUAGCUUAGCACAGUGCUUACAGUAUACGGCGAUCACCCUUUGGGUGAAGCCAAAAAGUCUGAAUGUGUUGGGUAUCAUUCAUUCGCUGUGCACUUGCCAGUCGAACAUACAGAAAUAAGUCUUUACUCCCAGUUAAUUUUUUUUAUAAAGAAAGUGAAAGACGCCACGACGCUUACGUUUUCCUCGGUCGCGUGCUCAGUCUUUCGUGUAUUCUGAGAAGCUUUUACAGGGCUGCCGGGAAAUGGCCGCCUCGAAGCCUUACACAGCGGGUUUUUGUUGUUGUUUAGUUUAGGGAGGCUCAGAAAAUUUGUUUAUUAUUAUUAUCAUUUUUCUCCGUCUGCUGUAGCUAGUCAAGAUGAUGUUUCCUUCCUAAUUCAUAUUUUCGUUCAACUGCUGUAUUAUUAUGCUUGUUAUUUUGCAUUUCAUCUCAGAUGUCGUAUACACGUGACUCAUUCAAUUGCAAUAAAUAUAGGAAUUAUUAAGAACUUUCCACUCCCUUCA